AAAUUAAAAUUUUGGCAAUUUAAUACUAAUAUUAUGUUGUAAAUUUAUUUGAAAAUAAUAAAAUUUACUGAAAGUGAAAACAUGCAUUAAUAGAAUUUAACAAUUCAAUUUUUUCGUCAUAAAGUGAUUAAAUAAUAUCAAAAAUAUGUCAUCUGAUCGAGAUCCUUUGGGAAAUGCAGGAAACUCCGAUAAACGUGAACCAAGAAAUGGAAAUAAUGCUGUCAACAAUACUAAUGAGGAGGUUUGUUGCUCAUCAUCAACGGAUAAACCACAAAAUAUGCUACCAUUGCCAUCAAAUCAUGCAAGUCAAAUUCAACAAGCAUCCCUUGAUCGUGAAUCUGAAAAUAAUAGCCUACCACGUCGUUCAAAUAGUAUUGGUUCUGCCAGCACAAGUUCAUGUAGUACUACAUCGACAGCUCCAAUAACGGGACCAAGUGGUGCACCUGUUUACAAUUGGCAAGCAUUAAAAACAACAGUUAAAGAACGUUUUACUUUCAUGUUCAACAAUGAAAUAUUAGCUGACGUUCAUUUUAUUGUGGGAAGAGAUAAUCAACAACAACGUAUUCCGGCUCACAAGUUUGUGCUGUCGGUUGGAAGUGCUGUUUUCGAUGCGAUGUUUAAUGGUACUUUAGCUACGAAAUCGGAUGAAAUUGAAUUACCUGACGUCGAGCCCGCUGCAUUUUUGGCAUUACUUAAAUUUGUUUAUUCGGAUGAAGUUCAAAUUGGACCAGAAACAGUGAUGACUACUUUAUACACCGCAAAGAAAUACGCUGUCCCGGCACUAGAAAAACAUUGUGUCGAUUUUUUAAAAAGCAAUUUGGGUAGUGAUAAUGCUUUUUUAUUAUUGACCCAAGCACGUUUAUUUGAUGAACCACAAUUAGCAUCUUUGUGUUUGGACAUGAUUGAUAAAAACACAGCAGAUGCUUUGGCUGCUGAUGGAUUUACCGAUAUAGACCUGGAUACUUUGAUUGCUGUUUUAGAGCGUGAUACAUUACGAAUUGGCGAAUCCAAAUUAUUUCAAGCUAUUGUACGGUGGUCCGAAGCUGAAUGUACCAGAGAAGAACUACCGUUAACACCAGAAAAUCAACGUUCAGUUUUAGGGCGUGCAUUAACGUUAAUACGUUUCCCCUUGAUGUCGAUUGAAGAAUUUGCUAUUGGACCAGCACAAAGUGGCUUAUUGACGGAUCGCGAAGUUGUACAAUUAUUUUUGUAUUUUACAGUAAACCCAAAACCAUCUGUUGGAUUUUUAGACGUACCAAGAUGCUGCAUGACUGGCAAAGAACAAUCAGUGAGUAGAUUUCAACAAAUUGAAAGUCGUUGGGGCUACAGCGGUACAAGCGAUCGCAUUCGAUUUAUUGUUGAUCGGCGGAUUUUUGUUGUGGGAUUUGGUUUAUAUGGUUCCAUUCAUGGACCAGCAGAAUACGAUGUGCAUUUACAAUUGAUACACACGGCAACGAACAGAUUAUGCGGUUCUAAUAAAACCUCAUUUAAUUGCGAUGGGUCAAAUUAUACGUUCCGAGUGAUGUUCAAGGAACCAAUUGAAAUUAUACCAAAUACAAAUUAUACGGCUAGUGCCACACUUAAGGGCCCAGAUUCACAUUAUGGAACUAAAGGAGCAAGAAAAAUUACAAUCGAUGGUUCGGGUGAUUCGCGUGUAACGUUUCAGUUUUCAUACGCCGCAGGAAAUAACAAUGGCACAUCUGUAGAAGAUGGACAAAUACCCGAAAUUAUAUUUUAUACGUAAAUACAAAAUGUACUGUAUUAAAAUUUUUUGCCAUUUGUACAAUUUGGCCAUGUUUUAAUUAUUUGCAUAUUGCAUCACUCAUAAAAAUUUUGCGCUGUUCAUAUGUAUUAAGUGAUAUUGGAAAUUAUUGUGAUAUGUAAUUUUGAAAAGAAAUUUAGCAAAG